ACCACCACCACUAUAUAUACGCUUUACAAACCCAAAUCCCAAUAGAGCGAUGAAGAGAAACUGAUAACUGAAAGAAAAUAAACCCUUUCUCUUCAUUCUCCCUCUAAAUGCCACCGCCACCGGCAACAACAAAAACCACUUCCGCCACCGCCGUCACCGUCGUCGACGACGACAUGCAGGAGAUUGCUUUCGCAAAGAAAGGCUGUAUGUGUUCAUGGAUUCCGUGUUUCUCCUCGGAAACAUCGCUAUCGCUAUGGGAGCCAGUGCAGUUACAAUUUCCAGAGAAUAAAGAUAGACGGUGGUGGUUCCGUGGAUGGAUGAAGGUACGCGAGUGGUCAGAGAUCGUUGCAGGUCCGAGAUGGAAAACGUUCAUUCGUCGAUUCAAUAGCAACAAGAGCCGUAACGUGAAUGUCAAACAAUGUUCGUUAAACUACGAUCCGUUGAGUUACUCUCUUAAUUUCGAUAACGGAGAUGAAGGAAGCGGCGGAGAAGAUGGUUAUGUUUACGGUUACGGCGGUUUUUCGUCGCGUUUCGCUUCUGUUCCGGCAUCGGCGAAAUGUUCGAUGGAUCUGGGGAAAGAUGCGCCAGUAAUCACGUGAGUGUCACGUGCAGGAAUAUUUGGAAGUGGUGAGUUGGUUACUGUUUUACUACUGAGAUUGGUUUUGCGCAUUUUGGACUAACGUGCGCGUGGAGCGGAAAAUUGAUAGGUUGUUGAAGACGGUGUUAGGGAAUUGUGAAAUUGAAUGAAGCGAUUUUUGUGCGUUAAAUUGAAGCUUCGUUUUCACAGUAUUUGGUUAUUGAAAGUAGUUUUUGUGUAUUUUCUUUUUUUAAUUUGAUGUACAUUAGGGAUAAACAAUAAUUGUCGAAAGAAAGGAAUAUAAUUUUUUUAAA